UCAGUUGGGGUUCAGACUAGAGCUGGGAGACGCAGUAUCUGGACUUACGAGGGGAUCUUGCAUUUACUGAGGACGAGCAGCUUUAGUGAGGAAUGUCUUUUUUCAGUGCGUCUGCACUGAAUCAGGCCGAGCUCCAGCUGGAGAGAGGUGCAUUAUGGGACAGAUUUCAGUUUGCUCCUCCCACGGUAUGGAUCAUAGGGGACAGCUAUAUUCGCCGUGGGGAGGAGAUAGCGAGGAGCUCACUGGGAGGUGACCUGGGAGUGCAGGCCGAGGUCAGCUGGUUCGGCUGGGGAGGACUGAGGUGGCGAGACCUCAUCCCGUUCUUCAACCAAUCCCUGAGAGGAAAAACGGCUCCGGACGUGCUGAUCGUCCACUGUGGCGGGAACGACCUCGGAGGGAUGAACCCCGUUCAUCUCAGCGCAGAGAUGAAGGGGGAUCUGAUUGAUCUCCACCGUCGUUUCCCACACAUGAAACUCCUGCUCUCAGAUAUCACCCCCCGCCGUCAGUGGAGGUCCACCACUCACCCUAAGAAGAUCGACGCGGCCCGGAAACGGGUGAACCGUGAGAUGUGCGAUUUCAUCUUGGGAGUGGAGGGGGGUGUUAUUCAUCACCCGGACAUCGUGUUCCACGACCCUCGGCUCUUCCUCAGAGACCGGGUUCACCUGUCCCCUUUGGGGAACCAACUGUUUUUAAAUGACAUUGCAGAAUCCCUGAAAACCUUUAUCUAAUAAAAGUGAUUCUGCUGAAAUCA